AUGGGGAAGUCGCUGUCCACCGCCCUGCUGGGCUGUCUUCAAGCGGUGUGCCCGCAAGUGCAUUCAGCCUUUCGACAGAGCGGCGAGGCGGAUCUAAGCGCUGACCAAGUGAGAACGACUGAGAAAGCGCUUCGAAUGCUGGAUGCUCCGCUCCAGGAGCGCCCAGUCUGGGGCGCAGGGGCGUCGCGGGGCCUGUUCCUGGUCUUCGAAGGCCUCGACCGAAGUGGCAAGUCCACCCAGAGCCGGAAGAUCGCGUCCCACCUUGAGAAGGCUGGCCCGGUGAAGUGGAUGUGCUUCCCGAACCGUAAGACGCCCAUCGGCAACGCCAUCGACCUCUACCUUCGCAGGCAGCUGGAGCUCCCGGACGAGGCCGUGCACCGCCUCUUCAGCGCCAACCGCUGGGAAAUGGCCCAGGGCAUCGUCGAGGACCUUCGUGCCGGCACCACGAUCGUGUGCGACCGCUACGCCUUCUCGGGCGUGGCGUACUCCGCGGCCAAAGGACUGGACUUCGCGUGGUGCCAGGCUCCUGAUCGCGGGCUGCCGUGCCCGGAUGGCAUCUUCUUCCUGCAUAUCGAUGAGAAGGUGGGUGCGGCGCGGUCGAACUUCGGUGACGAGCGCUACGAGAACGCAGCGAUGCAGGCCAGCGUCCGUGCGCAAUUCAAGGACCAGCGAUUGCGCGGCAGCGUCAACUGGCGAGAUGUCGACGGAGCACGGGAUGCGGAGGUGAUCCACGCCGAGAUCCGAGAUGCCGUGGACGGCAUGCUGGAGGAGCGGCGCCUGCAUGCCGUGGAGCAGCUGUGGAUGUAG